AUGAAGCUCAGUUCAUUUGUAAUUCCAUUCGUUUUGGCUUCCCUCGUGAGUGCCGAUGGCUCAAGCUCAUCAGACGCUGCAAGUAUCACCAAUGCACCAGCACCUGCUGCAGCUGCUGACGAUAAUUCCGGUAACCAGUAUACUCAAUACCCAUCUGUGGCAAAGACCGCCUCCAUCAAUGGUUUUGCUGACAGAAUCUAUGACCAAUUACCUGCAUGUGCUCAACCAUGUAUGUACCAAAACACAGGUAUCACCCCAUGUCCAUACUGGGACACUGGUUGUCUCUGUAUCAUGCCUCAGUUCCAAGCAUUGGUUGGCCAAUGUAUUGCUGACAACUGUCGCGGUGAGGACGUGCUCGAUGCUAGAUCUUUGGCUACUUCAGUUUGUUCUAGUGCUGGUGUUUGGGAUCCAUACUGGAUGCCUCCUGCUAGUAUCAGUUCUUCAUUAGAGUAUGCUGCUACUGCCGUUGCCACUACCACUGAUGACACCUCGUCAAGCACCGAUGUUGCCUCUUCUAGUGAUUCUCCUUCUUCUUCUUCUUCUUCUUCUUCUUCUUCUUCUUCUUCGACCAAAGAAGAAGCCUCCUCAACCGAAGCUGAAGAAACUUCAUCUACUGCUGUCGAAGAAGCAUCGUCUACUGAUUCGACAAUUGAAGAGUCAAGUUCCAACACCCAAUCAUCUGCUGCUCUUGAAUCAAGUUCAGACUCUUCGGAAACACAAUCAACCUCCAAUACCGCUUCCUCCUCUGACUCAUUGAUCACAACAGCACCAACCACCUCCUCAACCUCCUCCGGAUGGUAUGUGACAAUCCCAAAGACAGCUUCAAUCAAUGGUUUUGCAGACAAGAUCUACGACCGUUUACCAGAGUGUGCUAAACCCUGCGUAAAACAGGACGUUCGUGUAUCCCCUUGUGCUUACUACGAUACCCAGUGUCUCUGUAUGAUGCCUCAAUUCCAGAACCCAGUCGGAAUGUGUAUUGCCGACAACUGUCAUGGUGAAGAUGUCUUGGAUGCCAGAUCAUUGGCCACCUCAAUCUGUGUCAGUGCCCAAAUGUGGGAACCAUAUUGGAUGCCAGAUGACAGUGUAACCUCUGCUUUGGAAUAUGCUGCUACUGCAUCUUGGGACAGCAACGCCAUUACAACCACCACAACCGAUGAAAACACUGAAACCGUUCCUACUGAGACUGCUUCAAACACAUUGGUCACAUCGGCUCCAACCACCACUGGAGCAGAUAAUCCAUACACUCAAUACCCAUCCGUGGCAAAGACUGCUUCAAUCAAUGGUUUUGCUGACAGAAUCUAUGACCAAUUACCAGAAUGUGCUAAAUCAUGUAUGUACCAAAACACCGGUAUCACCCCGUGUCCAUACUGGGAUACUGGUUGUCUCUGUAUCAUGCCUCAGUUCCAAGCAUUGGUUGGCCAAUGUAUUGCUGACAACUGUCGCGGUGAGGACGUGCUCGAUGCUAGAUCUUUGGCUACUUCAGUCUGUUCUAGUGCUGGUGUUUGGGAUCCAUACUGGAUGCCUCCUGCUAGUAUCAGUUCUUCAUUAGAGUAUGCUGCUACUGCCGUUGCCACUACUACUGAUGACACCUCGUCAAGCACCGAUGUUGCCUCUUCUAGUGAUUCUCCUUCUUCCUCCUCUUCUGCUACUGCUGAAGAGUCAUCUUCUCAAGCAUCUGAAGAAUCAACUUCAAGCUCCAUCACUUCAGGUCAACAAUCCAAUACCAAUAACGCUUCCUCGUCCGAUUCAUUAAUCACAUCUGCUCCAACUUCUGAUGACACUGGUAACCAAUAUACUCAAUACCCAUCUGUGGCAAAGACCGCCUCAAUCAAUGGUUUUGCUGACAGAAUCUAUGACCAAUUACCUGCAUGUGCUCAGCCAUGUAUGUACCAAAACACCGGUAUCACCCCAUGUCCAUACUGGGAUACCGGCUGUCUCUGUAUCAUGCCUCAGUUCCAAGCAUUGGUUGGUGAAUGUAUUGCUGACAAUUGUCGCGGAGAGGACGUGCUCGAUGCUAGAUCUUUGGCUACUUCAGUCUGUUCUAGUGCUGGUGUUUGGGAUCCAUACUGGAUGCCUCCAGCAAGUGUUAGCUCGUUAUUGGACUCGGCUGCCUCAGCUGGCCUUACUGGUGAUGUUACUGAAACUUCUGAGCCUACUCUUACUAGUGGCACUGAUGUCAGCUCAACCGAAUCUGCUUCUGAAUCCGCAACUGGAUCCGCUACUACUGGUGGCUCUGAUGUUAGCUCGUCCGAGUCCGCUACUGGAUCCGCUUCUGAAUCCGCUUCUGGAUCUGCUCCUGGAUCCGCUUCUGAAUCUGCUUCUGGAUCUGCUACUACUGAUGACUUGGAGCCAACUGAGUCUGCUAAUGGCUUCUCAGUAUCUGUUAGCUUCUUAAAUGAAACUGCUGUAUUUGAAUCCAAUGGUACACAUAUUAAGCUCUUUGAUGGAGUUCAAGCAUUGUUUGAAUUAGAUGACGGAUUGCUCCACUUGUUGGCUGGUGGCUACGUCAAGGUCGAUGAAAUUGGUAAUUUGGUUGUUGUUGAUGAUGCGGAAGAGGCUACUACCGGAUGGGGUAUGACUGAUAACCAAUUGACGCUACCAUCUGACUCUCCAGCAUUCACGAAACGUGAUGAUCAAGUUGUUACCUUUUAUGCAUGUCCUGCUGAGGUUGGUUACGUUGUAUCUGUGAAGAACCGCGAAGGAUGUGUUGAACUCAACUCAGAAGUCGACUCUACCCCGGAAACAAGCAGCACAUCUGCUGGUCCAACAUCGGACGGUGACACUCAAACAAGUGAAGGUGGAGAUGCAAGUGAAACAGGAUCAUCUGGAGCCACAACUACUGGUGAGGAAAGUGAAGAGCAGUCUGCUACAGGAGAUGUUACAGCUUCUGGCUCUGGCUCUGGCUCUUUUGCUACUGAAACUACUCUGGGUGAUGAGACUUCAUUGCCCGCUACAUCCACAGUGUUGAGUGAAGUCACUACUACCGACAAAUCCGGAUCAACCUCUGUCUACACCACCACCAUAAUUGUCACUGAAGUUACUGAGUACUGUGCCCAACUGUCAGCCAGCUCAGUGCAGUCUGAAGCAAGCUGCGAACAAACAAGCGCUGCUGCUGUGCAGUCUACAUUGACGGUACAUGAGCAGGAAAUCAUCACAGUCAUUGUGUCUUGUGAAUCGGCUAUCCUGUCACUUGAGAGCGUGAAAGAAAGUGCAGCUAAGGUUACCAAAACAGAGGUUGUGCAAAGCUGUGAAAGUGCUAUAAGUUCACUUAGUCUGGUUGAAGCGGGUGCCCAAAGUACCUUGAAGGCCAUCAUUUCUACACAUGAGUCUGUUGUUGCAGUUCAAACCUCUGCUGCUGCUGCUCAACAAUCUGCUGCUGAAGCACAAAUGAGUGCAGCCAAGGCUCAACAUUCGUCUGAGGCAGUUGCUCAUGCUCAAAGUGCUGUUGCACAAGCUUCCCAAGCCAGUGAAGAGGCUGCGCAUGCUGCCAGUGUUGAGUCAGCAGCCAAAUCAUCAGCUGCUGAAGUCGGUGUAACUGUGGAUGUUACAACCACCGUCACUGAGAAUGUCACUGUUCAAGCACACAAGACUGCAGCCACUGGCGGCGUCAAUGGUGGUGCCGCUGCACAAGAAACUGGUGCAAAUGUAGGAACUAGUGAAUCUACUGGUAAACAAGGUCAAGGCUCAACUAGUGAAGCAUCUCAAGAAGGUGCUGGACAAGGUACAGAAGGUGCUGAACAAGGUUCCGAAGGUGCUCAACAAGAUACCGAAGGUGCUGAACAAGGUUCUGAAAGUGCUGGACAAGGUACCGAAGGUGCUGAGCAAGGUUCUGAAAGUGCUGGACAAGCUGCUCAGCAAGGUAAUGCACCAACAGUUGCUGCUGGAGGUAAAACUCUUUCAACUACUACUGGUGGAGAGCAGGCUGGAGCCACUGCAGGAUCUGAAACUAAUGUAGCUGUUGCUUCUGGAACUUCUGAAGGAAGCGCAGCACAAACAGUUGCUGCUGCUGUUAAUGGUGCUUCAAGACAAAUUGGCACUUCAUCCUUUGCAAUGCUUGCAUCCACAAUAGCUGUGUUUGCUGGAUUCUUGAUCUGA